ACCACCUCCUGAAGUCCUGGGACUCAAUGCCAGGCGGUAGACCUCAAUUGGCCCACCUAGGGCUGGCAUCUAUCCUGAUCUGGAGGCAAGACCAGGAGCUGGCUCAGAAUCUAGUUUCACUUUCACUUCUGUUUUCCUCGAAAUGACAGAAGAGCCAGGAAGAGAGCUGUGACAACAACGUAGUGUCUGUCCUUUACUCUUACGGUCCUGGUGCCUGUUUGCACUAGCUACAGCUGGGCACUGGCCCCUGCUGUCACCACCUCCCACACACAGACCCUGUCUGUGAGCACGGCAGCCUGCUGUUCAGCCCCAGGCUUGAGGAUGGAUGUCCUGGGGACUUCCAAGCUGCUGGACGAGGAGCUGUACUCAAGACAGCUGUAUGUGCUGGGCUCACCUGCCAUGCAGAGAAUUCAGGGAGCCAAGGUCCUGCUGUCAGGCCUGCAGGGCCUGGGGGCUGAGGUGGCCAAGAACUUGGUCCUGAUGGGUGUAGGCAGCCUUACUCUGCAUGAUCCCUACCCCACCUGCUGGUCCGACCUGGCUGCCCAGUUUUUCCUCUCAGAGCAGGACUUGGGAAGGAACAGGGCAGAGGCCUCUCAAGAGUUCUUGGCUCGGCUCAACAGAGCUGUCCAGAUCUUUGUGCACACGGGUGACAUCACUGAGGACCUGCUGUUGGAAUUCCAGGUGGUGGUGCUGACUGCCUCAAACCUGGAAGAGCAGCUGAAGGUGGGCACCUUCUGCCAUCAGCAUGGAGUCUACUUUCUGGUGGCUGACACACGGGGCCUUGUGGGGCAGUUGUUCUGUGACUUCGGUGAGGACUUCACUGUGCAGGACCCCACGGAGGCAGAACCCCUGACAGCUGCCAUCCAGCACAUCUCCCAGGGCUCCCCCGGCAUUCUCACUCUGAAGAGCGAGGCCAGCACCUGCCGUUUCUGUGAUGAGGACUUGGUGACUUUCUCAGGCAUCGAGGGCAUGGCUGAGCUCAACGGCUGUGCUCCACGGCCCAUCCACGUCCGGGAGGACGGGUCCCUGGAGAUUGGGGACACAACAACUUUCUCUCCGUACUUGCGUGGUGGCGCUAUCACUGAAGUCAAGAGACCCAGGACAGUGAGACAUGAACCCCUGGACACAGCCCUGCUCCAGCCCCGUGUGGUGGCCCAGAGUCCCCAGGAAGUCUACCGUGCCUACUGCCUGCACCAGGCCUUCCAUGCACUGCACACGUUCCAGCACCUCCAUGGCCGGCUACCCCAGCCCUGGGAUGUUGUUGAUGCAGAGACAGUGGUAGGGCUGGCCCGAGACCUGGAACCAAUGAAGGGGACAGAGGAAGUGCCAUUGGAAGAGCCACUGGAUGAGGUCCUAGUGCGGACAAUUGCCCUGAGUAGUGCUGGCGUCUUGAGCCCCAUGGCAGCCUUGCUGGGUGCAGUGGCUGCCCAGGAAGUGUUGAAGGCAAUCUCCAGGAAGUUCAUGCCCCUGGACCAGUGGCUGUACUUUGAUGCCCUCGAUUGUCUUCCGGAAGAUGGGGAGCUCCUUCACAAUCCUGAGGACUGCAUCCCGAGAGGCUGCCGCUACGAUGGUCAAAUUGCAGUGUUUGGGGCUAGCUUUCAGGAGCAACUGAGCUGCCAACACUACCUCCUGGUUGGUGCUGGUGCCAUUGGCUGUGAACUGCUCAAAGGCUUUGCCCUGAUGGGCCUUGGAGCCGGGGGCAGCAGGGGCUUGACUGUUGUUGACAUGGACCAUGUAGAGCGCUCCAACCUCAGCCGUCAGUUCCUCUUCAGGCCACAAGACAUUGGUAGGCCCAAGGCAGAGGUGGCUGCAGCAGCUGCUCUGGCUCUGAACCCAAACUUAAAGGUAACCCCACUCACCUACCCACUGGAUCCCACCACAGAGCACCUCUAUGGGGACAACUUCUUCUCCCAGGUGGAUGGCGUGGCUGCUGCCCUAGACAGUUUCCAGGCCCGGCGCUAUGUAGCUGCUCGCUGCACCCACUAUCUGAAGCCACUGCUGGAGGCAGGCACGCAGGGCACCAGGGGCAGUGCUUCAGUGUUCAUGCCACACGUGACUGAGGCCUACAGAGCCCCUGCCUCAGCUGCGGCUUCUGAGGAUGCCCCCUACCCUGUCUGCACUGUGCGGCACUUCCCCAGCACAGUUGAGCAUACCCUGCAGUGGGCUCGGGAUGAGUUUGAGGGGCUCUUCCGACUGUCUGCAGAGAUCAUCAACCACUACCAGCAGAGACGCACUUCCCUGGCAGACAUGGAUGGGCCACAGACACUGACCUUACUGCAGCCAGUGCUGGGGGUGCUGAGAGCCCGUCCACAGAGCUGGCAAGACUGCGUGGUGUGGGCUCUUGGCCACUGGCAACUAUGCUUCCACCAUGGCAUCAAACAACUGCUGAGGCGCUUCCCACCUGAUAAAGUGCUUGAGGAUGGAACUCCCUUCUGGUUGGGUCCCAAACAGUGUCCGCAGCCCCUGGAGUUUGACACCAGCCAAGACACACACGUCCUCUAUGUGCUGGCAGCUGCCAACCUGUAUGCCCAGAUGCAUGAGCUGCCUGGCUCACAGGACUGGACUGCACUCAAGGAGCUGCUGAAGCUGCUACCACAGCCUGAUCCCCAGCAUCUGGCCCACAUCUUUGCUGGUAACCUAGAGCUGGCUUUGGCUUCUGCUGAGUCUGGCCCUGAGCAGUUGAAGGAAGUGGGCGAUGUCCUGGAAGUCUGGAGGAUGGGCUCUCCCCUGAAGCCUCUGAUAUUUGAGAAGGAUGAUGAUAGCAACUUCCAUGUGGACUUUGUGGCAGCAGCGGCUAGCCUGCGGUCACAGAACUAUGGGAUCCUACCAGUCAAUCGUGCCCAGUGCAAGCGAAUCGUUGGUCAGAUUAUCCCAGCCAUCGCCACCACUACAGCAGCUGUGGCAGGCCUGGUGGGCCUGGAACUGUAUAAGGUGGUGGGGAAGCCACGGCCCCUUGGUGCCUUUCGCCAUAGCUAUCUGCAUCUGGCUGGAAACCACUUCAGCCGCUGGGUGCCUUCAGCCCCAGCCACCCAGACAUUCCAUCAUCUGAAGUGGACCUGUUGGGACCGUCUGAAGGUUCCUGCUGGGCAGCCUGAGAGGACACUGGAGUCGCUGCUGGCCCAUCUCCAGGAGGAACAUGGGCUGAGUGUGAGGAUGCUGCUGCAUGGCCCAGCCCUGCUCUACUCAACAGGAUGGUCACCUGAAAAGCAGGCUCAGUACCUGCCCCUCAGGGUGACAGAACUGGUUAAGCAGGUGACAGGCCAUGUGCCUGAGCCUGGGCUGCGGGUGCUGGUCCUGGAGCUGAGCUGCGAGGGUGAGAAGGAGGACACUGCCUUCCCACCUCUGCACUAUGAGCUGUGACAAGGCAGCCGACCCAUCACCUGGCUCGACUGAGCCUGACAUCUUGAGCCCACAGUAGGCACUCAAUAAAUGCUUAUUAAAGGAAAGCA